CUUAUUCAAUUUUGAGAAAAAUUACCAAAAGACAUUCUUGAUGAGAAGACUUCAGUAUCAACCAUCCAUACUUCGCUUAAUACCGACAAGAAUAUGACCGCUUCUUCAUUUAAUUUUUCCGCCAAGAGAGUUCAGAAGAAUCAGUGAGAGAAAGGAGAUCAAUUUGAUUGUAAAGGCCUACUGAAAGUCUGAAAUUUUAUUGGAAUCACCUUUAAGAAUCUUCUUUGUAGCAGACUUAAUAAGAUACAUAUUGAUAAAAACUAGUUCAAAGGAAUAUAUUAAGAAUCUCCUACAUAAAGUAAUUAUGCAGAGAACUUUCUAAAAUUGUGAAUCAAAUGAUAGAUAUGAAAAAUGAAUGGAAUCAAAAGAAGCCCCUGUUAUUCAAAGGUUUGACCAAGACAUCACUAUGAGAAAUAUUCAAAGUCCAGAGAUCGUCUCCUCUUAAAAUUUA